AUGGCUGACGAGAACUACGUACAGCUCAAGAGGAAGAGAGCCUUCCGCAAGUUCUCUUACCGUGGCGUCGACCUCGACCAGUUGCUCGACCUCUCUUCGGAAGAACUCCGUGACCUCGUCCAUGCGCGCGCUCGCCGUAGGUUCGAUAGGGGUCUGAAGCGCAAGCCGAUGGGUUUGAUCAAGAAGCUGCGAAAAUCCAAGCAGGAGGCCAAGCCCAACGAGAAGCCCGACCUUGUCAAGACGCACCUCCGUGACAUGAUCGUUGUCCCCGAGAUGAUUGGCUCCGUCAUCGGCAUCUACUCCGGCAAGGAGUUCAACCAGGUCGAGAUCAAGCCCGAGAUGGUCGGCCACUACCUCGGAGAGUUCUCCAUCUCAUACAAGCCCGUCAAGCACGGAAGGCCCGGUAUCGGUGCCACCCACUCUUCCCGUUUCAUUCCUCUCAAGUAAUCGGUCUGGGUACUCGGCUGCAUGGGUUCUUUGGUGGGGUGGAGAAGACGUACGUCAUGACACAACGAAAAUAGGUGUUAGGUGCAUCCAUGACUACGCUUUGCGGUCGACGUGAAGCACAAGCGGCGAUC